AUGUCUUAAACCGAAUUGAUUAAUACUAAUGAUUCAAGAGACUCUUAAAACUUAUCAAUUAAACCAAUACUGAAAUCAUCUUAAUAGAAAAUAAAUUAAGCACUCCCAAGAUUGGACUGGGCUGGAAAUGAAAUAAUUAAAGGAGGAUCUCAUAAAAUUGCUUUUGUUAGUUAAUAGAAUACAUCAAGAACAUUCAUGGAUAUUCUAUCAAAUGAACUAUCAGAUUAGUAUAAUUAAGUAGAUGAAGAUUAUAAUGAAAUGUUGAACUGUUAAAAUGUGAAGAAUAAAACAAAACUAUAACCAGAACUAAGUGAAUAAUCUAAUUGCUGUUAUAUUUAUUGA